UAUCGGUCGAAAAUCUAGCGGGAACCUCUAAAAAUUUAGUAAUUUCGCCCAGGUGGCAACGCCAAGUUCUCAUCUUAGUCGCUCUCUGGCUACACUGUUGUUGAUUAGGUUUGAGAAUUAGGAUAACUAGAAAAUGCCGGAGCCGCGCAGUCCCAUGGCCAGCUUCGCCCAGUCGGUGCAGAAUGUCAUCGACGGCCCCAUAACUUGGUUCCGAGAGUCCAUCGUGGAGCCGAACCAGGCCAAGUACAACUGGUACCAUCAGCAAUUCCGCCGUGUACCGACCAUUGAUCAGUGCUACACGGACGAUGCUGUCUGUCGCUUUGAGGCCGACCAGCAGUUCCGCCGGGAUCGCAUGGUGGACAACGAGAUUGUGAACAUUCUGCGCCAGCGCUUCGAGGACUGCACCCUCUACGAGGCUCCCGACCACAUCGUCAAGUGCAAGCCGCUGCUGGAACAAUACGAAAAGGCCACUGAGAACUGGUUCAUCAAGUAUGGCGAUUUGGGAGGAUACGCCAACGCCAAGACCGCCUACAUGAAGCAGAAACAUCGCCUUAUCUGGGAGCGCCGCCACGGACCUGUGGGCAGCGGCAUGAAGGAGGAGGCCGCCCACUAGGUGGUGACCUUAACUCAUGUGUUCCCGUCGAGCCAGCCGGUCGUUUGAGCUGAUGUUUUUAGUUCCAUUAUCCGUUAUGAAAAAUAUACACCCCGAAAUGGUAAAUCCAAAAA